UUCAUGUGAAAGGGAGGACCAAGCUGCUCAGAGCUUUCAAGUUCAGAUGCUGAAACAUUACCUUCCCAGUGUCAUCCUUCUGUCUGGGGCUUUAGAAGAGGUUUGGCACACUGGGUUGUUGACAUUUUGAUUUUCCAGGACUGAAAAUGAGUAAGUUCCCCGGCGAGCUGACCCAGAGGGAGCAGGAGCUGCUGAGGAUCCGGCGGGACAGUGACACCAAGGCCGCCGAGCUCGCCAAGAUGGAGAAGAUGCUGCAGCAAACCAAGAACAUGAUGGAGAAGAAGACCGAUUCCGGUCCGGAGAGCAAGGGCUACCAGGAGAACAUGGUGGAGGACCUGGAGGAGAAGGUGCGCUCCACCAGGCGCUACAGGAGGAACUCCCUCCACCACACACAGAUGCUGGAGAGCCAGAUGAAGACGGUGAAGGGAGAGCUGGUGGGAACGCUGGACCACCUCCAGGAGCUGAGGAACGUCCUGCGGCGCUCCCAGCAGAAGGCGGAGGAGCGCAAGGUGGCCAUGGAGAAGCUGGCCGCCGGCCUCAGGUGAACCGCCUUCCUCUAGAUUCAACCUGUCGGCCAUUUUCUCACUCCAGAUCCUCUGUCAUCAUGCAAGGCAAUGCAGAAAGCCUGUUUAUUCACGCCCCAGAGGUACACCAACAGAUUAAAGCUGCUUUCACUGUUUUCUCCCAAUAUAUCAAAGUAAUAACUCCUGUGUAGUUCUAUAGAUCUGAUAAAAAAUAUUUCAAUAUGUUGAAAAUGUAUUGUUUUGUUUCUGGACUUGUUCUCCUGAAGACAAAGAGGUGUGUUGUGGCAGAGAUGUGAUCAGAAGUCGUUUCACACUGCGUCACAUGCUGUGAGGAGAAUAGAGUUAAUUCGUAAACUGAAUGUUUUCUGCUCACGAUGGACUCAUCCGCCCUGAGUUGUUGCUUUUGCACGAUUAGAACAACAACAACAACACUGUCCUAUGAGGAACUGGAGGUUGAUACAUUGUGAGGUCUGCACUUCUACAUUUACCUGAAAAUGUGACGUAAUGCAGAUUUGUAGUUCUUUUUUUGUCUUUUGGAAGAAACAAGAUGAUAAUAUUGUGAAAUAAAGCCACAGAAAUCAA